UGAGAAGCUGUUUGAAUGCUAGUUUUUUUUUCGGUGGAGAAUAGAAGUAGUUUUGAAGCAGUGGCAAUACUAACAGCAGCAACGAGGAAUAGUAGUGACGGUUUAGUGCUACCAUUGAGAUGGAAAUGUAAAUAGCAGCCCGGAGAGGUUCACUGCCGCUAGAAACAGGAAGAAUCGAGCGAAGAAUUCUGAGUGGUGAUAAAAUGUGGUAUUUUAUUCCCAGCGGAAAAAUGUGAAGAAAUGCAAAAUUUUCAAAUUCGUUCGAGUGAUGUACUACAAGCUUCGAAUGGGAAAAAAGCAAUGAUUAUAAUCUUUUCAUAAUGUGUUGAGAAUGGGAUGAUUGUGUAUCAGUGAUAACAGAAGAAACAUAAGAAGAUUGACACGCACAGUGAGGAUCAAGAAAAAUGGCACUAGUGAACUACACAUUGCCUUUCGGCAGUAUACAGACCCCAGGUUGGGCAACCGUUAGUCCUAUUCAUAGCCAACAUGCAUCGGCGGUGAAUAAUUUGCUGUACGGACCAGCAGGUCAUCAAGAAGCAGAUCCCAACGAUCAAGACUUCUACAAAAAUAGCCCUUAUUCAGCUCCCCAGCAACAGCGAAAUGCUCCUCAGCAAAACGCCCAAUAUCGGCAAGUCCCCAGAAAUAAUUACCUUCCCCCUUCCCAAACCUAUCCUCAACCCCAGCAGCCAAAACAGCCGGUUUACCAGCAGCCACAAGCUCAACCUCAACAGCCCUCCAGAACGUAUGGCGAGGGUUCCUACUCGCAAGUUCCUGCUCGAACUGCCACUCAACAGCAGAAUCCUAGCUACUACAACCCAAGCGGGUAUAACAACCAACCGCCCAAGCAGCAGCAACCUUCGGGUUAUAACGUUCCGAACCAGCCCUCGAACGUCUACCGUAGUCAGGGUGGAUCUCCACAAGUGCCACUGCCACAAAGCGCCCCACAGCCAACUCCCCCGCCCAAUAGGGUCCCACCGCCUCCGGUGAGUAGUGGCCGGGGAAUUAGUAGCACCUCAGUUGGCAGUUCCAUUCCGGAACGGCCACCCGGGUUUGUGAAGGUGAAUGCCGGACAGGGUUCGAGAACCCAAGUGCAUGCCGUGCUGGACUAUGACGACGACGAGGAGGACGAUUACUACGACGAUGGGGACGGCGGAUCGCAAACUUCCGAUCGGAAAAACUCUCGUAUGCCAACGGUAACACCCAUCCAGGGUCCAAUUUUUCUCAAGAAUGGAACAGUUCCUGUCGUGCCAUUAUUUGCAUAUCCUCAAGUCAGCAAUGGAACGUUCAUCCAGAUACCGAUCUGGUGGACGGCCCUAUCAGUAGCGCUUGGUCUCAACGUGCGGGGGGAUGUGAUCAAAGGUGUUCCUUGUGUUAAGAAGAACCAUCAGCUGUUCUGCCCGACGGCUGGCAAUAGUUAUCCAAUAGACAAAAUCGAAACAUUCAUCGACGAGAACAAGGCGCUAAUGAAACGAAUGUACGGAGACUUUGAGAUGUCCUCGAGGUAUCCGCCGUUGCAAACGAACAGGAAACGGAAACGUCAGGUCCAAGGGAUGGACGAUGAUUUCACGAUACUGCCGGAGCUGAUGGAUCUGUACGGAGUACCUGGCUCGGCGGACGAUCCUGUUUCAUUUGGCGGCAGUGGCGAUUCCUACUUUGGACGGUUACGGGACAAAAGGCAAAGUUCAACUGGUCGCAGUAACAACGGUGGAGCAAAUGGCUCAAAUGGUAGCAGUAAUGGCAACGGCAAUGGAAAUGCGAACAGAAGGCAAGGUUCGACGCCCGAUAGCAGUGGUGAGAGUACCGGAAGGGUGGACGCAUGUGAAUCCAAGAUCGAGAUCGUCACACCGUACUGGGCAUCCAACUCUGCGGGAAAAGUACGUGCCAUUGUAAAUACGCAGCAUUUUGAGCAAGCAAUUCACCAGGAGGUGUGUUCAAAAACACAAACAUCUCGCUGCUCGGGAGAUUGCGGUUGCGAGCAAAAGUACAAAUGGCAUCGGUUACUGGCCUACGAUCCGGACAACGAUUGCAAAGGUAUCUUCAUGGAUUGGUUCCUGUUUCCUUCGUGCUGCGUCUGUCGGUGCAGUCCUUGAGCUUCUUUCUACCAUAGUCAUAAGACUCGAUCAUCUUUCAAAAUCCAAAAUAACAUGUAGAAGUAAAAACAGACGACCAGAGAAGAGACUAGGAGUGAUACGAUCGAUUUGCUAGCAAGAAAGUCAUACGUGCGCAGGAUUGUGAGGUGUGAGACCGCGAAUAACUUUAAGAUAGAUGGUAAACUGUAAUGUUCUAGUGAUAGUUGUAGGAACAAUCCAUGGAAACUAUACGAAAGAGAUUCAACGUUUUAUUUAGAAUUGAUUUUAGCUGCUAAUCCAUAAGUCGUAUGUAUCAUAAGAAGCGCACUGAAUUGAACAAACAUUAAUUCACCAUCCAAGGAGGACCGUCAAAAUAGGGGGUUAAACCGAUUUCUAACUCAUGUGCUAGUUGGCAGCGUAGUCGUCUAGCCCAUCUAGAAACUGUUUUUGAAAACCAAACGUUGUCAGAUUCGACUAGCAGAAGCUAAGUUAUUUUUCUUUUGUAAAUACUGUAGAUUAAAUUAUUUCUACAAACAAA